GAUGCAUGGGAGCACACUUUCAUUUCUACUUUUGGUCCUUUCUGUGGCCUUUGUGGUAACUAAGCAGGAGUAUCCAUUAAGGAAAGAAGAUGCAGACCUAGCAGAAGGUCGCGCAGUUGUUAAGAAGGAUUUGGGUCAAUUAAGUGAGGCGGAACCAGCAGCAAUUGAAAAUAGCGGAAAUUUUACUGAACAGGUGAAAAAUGUUAAUACAACCGUGAAAUCAUCGGCUGAAGCAGACACAGAUACCGUUACAAUAGCAGCUGAGGAUGUCAAGAAUACUGCAGACAAGAAUAAGGAUUUAAAAUCGGAACCGCCAACAGGUUGUGAAAAUGCUGUGAGGAAACCCGAACUAGAGCAACAUCGGAAGAAUUUGAUUGCAACACCAAAAUUUCAUCAUGGCGACAGUAAACCUUAUUUACAGUUAGUUGUGCCGACACAAAAUCCAUAUACUACAAGCCCACCACGACACCAUCAUCCUGGUUAUGAUGGAGAUUACGGUUAUGGCGGGGAUUAUAGUUCUAGCGGUUAUCCUGGCUAUGGCAGUAAACCUGGUUAUAGCGGUAACCCUGGUUAUGGCAGUAACCCUGGUUAUGGCGGAUAUUCUGGUUAUGGUGGGUAUCCUGGUUAUGGCGGUUAUCCAGGUUAUGGUGGCUAUCCUGGUUAUGGCGGUUAUCCGGGUUUUGGUGGCUACCCCGGUUACGGUGGUUAUCCGGGAUUUGGGGGUUAUCCGAUUUUUAUUUACCCGAAUGGGACGAUUGUAAGCUUUCCAUUUGCACGUUUUCGUGCACUUAAUCUAGACUCACAAAGAUCUUUAAAUAAACCACAAUUUCGCGUUGAAGCACCAAGAACCACCACUGAGGGAAGUGUCGUGAAAGAAAAUAGCAAAGAGAAGGAAGUGCUGCCAAUAUUAUUUCGUUUAUUAAAUUUUGGCUAAUUUUGGAAAUAAAUAAACUCACGAAAUCGCAAGAUUCAACG